ACACAAAGUGUCAACCAAACUGGUUCUUGAGUGGUGGCAGGUUUGACGAGUCUACACCUGCAACGUUUUUCUUCAUUCUCAUUUCACUCUUUCAAAAACCAAAAUCUCAAUUCUCUGCUGUAAACACAAACCGACCAUUAAUCUCCGGCAUGGCGGCGACAUCUCAAGCUCACCUGCUAUGCUUCUCUGCCGUUCAUCGUAGCCAACACCUCCGAAGCCGCUCGCUUCCAUUCCUUUCCUUUCGCCCCUCCAAGUUAUCAGUUGCUAUGAGUUUGGAGAGGCAUGGUGCUGAAACUGCUGAUUCUGACUACAAAAAUACACUAAGUUAUGCAGUGGAUGAAUCAAAAUUGAAUGUCGAAGCAAAGCAGGAGUUGUCUUCAACAAUAGAAGAGAAUGUCACUGAGUCAGGAGAGACAAUCCAGGAAGAUGUUGAUCAGCAGAAAAGGACUGCAAAAAUUCAUGAUUUUUGUUUAGGCAUUCCGUUUGGUGGAUUUGUUUUAACCGGAGGCAUUAUUGGAUUCCUUUUUUCACGGAGUCCUGCAACACUGACCAGUGGUGUGCUCUUUGGUGGUGCAUUACUAUUCCUCAGCACCCUUAGCAUGAAGGUUUGGAGGCAAGGAAAAUCGAGUUUACCAUUUAUUCUAGGACAAGCAGCAUUGUCAGGGAUCCUUAUCUGGAAGAACUUUCAGAGCUACUCCCUGGCAAAGAAAAUAUUCCCAACCGGCAUCAGUGCCAUUAUAAGUUCUGCAAUGCUCUGCUUUUAUUUAUAUGUGCUUGUCUCCGGAGGAAACCCCCCACCUAAAAAAUUGAAGCAAUCUGCCAGCACUGCAUGAUACGUUUUCCUGCAGUGACCAUCUCUAAGGGAGUAAGCCAUAGGAGGUAAAUUGAUUAAUAUGAGUGGUUAUCUAUUAUGUAAUUGUGUAUGAGUGAUGUAUACUUGUAAUUAAGGUUAAAAGGGAAUAAACAAGUAAUGGAAAAAAUUUGUGUUUUGGAGCUCACACUAAGGGUGAAGGUGUCACGCUGAAGCAUGGAGAGUAGGUCAUGGUGAUAGGACAUGAAGUGCAAAGAGUAGGUCAUGGUGAUAUGACAUGAAGUGGAAAUACAAUCGACAAGUCCAAGUCAAUAGUGCCAUGUGGCAAGGUUUACUGUCAAUUUACAAAUGUAUUAAUUAUUGGUAUGAAUCAAUAUGUUAUAUGUUGAAAUGGUAAAAAAAUUUAUAGUUAUUAAAGUCCAAAA